AAAUCCCCUCUCUUGUCUAUUAUCCAUCCCUGUUUCUUGUCUCUAAGCUCCUUCUCCAAAUCUUUUGUUUAAUUCCUGGUGCUCAGUUAGGUGGGGCUGUUCACCCUCCUUUUGUCAUGAUUCUCUUACAAAUCCCAGUACGUAGUCCCACAGGGCUGACAAAAACAUUACACAGCGAAGAAAUAAUUCACCCUACAUAACCACUACCUACAAGAAAUCAACGUAAUCAAACUCUCUUUCGUCUUGAUCUUUACUACUACUCUCGUUAAGUCUCACAAGUUUCUGAAAACUUGAACUUUCUUUGAGUCUUUUAGUUUCACAAAUGAAAGCAAUCAGGGCCAAAACCCCUCAUGAUUCAUCUUUCUCAUUCUCCAGGAGAUACUUCUACUGGAGAAAGAAAGUUGAAGAUGAAGACGAUAUGGAAGAAAUCUUAACCAACUCCUUCUGUGAGGAGGAGAAAGAAGAGGAUCAGCUUACAAUAUCAGUUCCAACUCAAAUUGCAGAGCUUCCAGCAAGGAGGAAGAAGUUUCCAGUUGUUGCAGUUUCUAAGCUUCGCUCAGCACUGACUAUAUUUGGCAAGAGCCGGUCGUCCUAUCAUUCAGGUUUAGGCAGUCGAGUGAUAGUUACGCUUUUUGGGUAUCGACGUGGCCAUGUUCAUUUUGCAUUUCAAGAAGACGCCAAGCUAAAUCCAGCUUUCCUGAUAGAGCUCGCAACACCAACAAGUGUUUUGGUACGAGAAAUGGCUUCAGGGCUGGUCAGGAUUGCCCUGGAAUGUGAAAAGAAAACCGAAAAGAAAGGCAUUAAGCUGCUGCAGGAGCCUCUUUGGAGGACUUAUUGCAAUGGCAAGAAAUGUGGAUAUGCGAUGAAACGUGAAUGUGGACCUGAAGAAUGGAAGAUUUUGAAAGCCGUGGAACCAAUUUCAAUGGGUGCUGGAGUGUUGCCUAAAGGAGAGGUAUAUGGAGGAGUGUUCGAAGGUGAACUUAUGUACAUGAGAGCCAGGUUCGAGAGGGUUGUGGGUUCUAAAGAUUCAGAGGCUUUUUACAUGAUGAAUCCGGAUUGUAGUGGAGGUCCUGAACUCAGUGUGUACUUGCUUAGGGUUUAGCUGUGAUCAAGCCCUUCAAAAAAUGGAAAAAAUGAAUGUAUACUCCAUUGAUUUUGCAGUUUUUGUAUGGGGGAUGGAGCUGGCUUUACCACUUUGUAAGUUUGUAAUAUGCAUGCUUUUGUGAUCUCUAGGUAUAGUGGUUCAAAUGCAUGAGAUCUUUAUUGGGAUGGACCAUGGGCGUAUCUAUGUACAGCUAUUCUCCUUCUCGGAA